UUCAAAACUUAAAAAACCAAAACCGAACUUUUCAAUCAGUUGAAAGCUUAUCAAACAAUCUUAUUACUUUUCAAAAGUUUAUUUCAAAGGUUUUGAAUGGGAAAGGAAAAUUAUACAAAAUUUAUUACUUACUUGAUUGAUUAGUUAAAUUAGUUUGAUCUCGUACCCAUUGAAGAUGACCGUUUAUUUAGUCAUAAUUAUGUGAGCCACACAUAUACAUAAUUACAUACAGACUUCUCUUCUCCCUAAUACUCAUUAUACAACUACUUCACCUCCAAAGAUCUUUCCUUUUUGGAAAAGAAGAAAAAAUGGUUCAUUUGCAUGAGAGAUUCAAAGCUUUCUUCAAAAGCAGAUGGCUAGUAUUCGUUUGUGCGAUAUGGAUUCAAUCCUUUACUGGGAUUGGCUACUUGUUUGGAAGCAUAUCACCUAUGAUUAAGAGCAUCAUGGGUUAUAAUCAAAGGCAGCUCUCCUUAUUGGGUGUGGUUAAGACCUUGGGUGGCAGUGUUGGGUUUGUGGCUGGGAGUUUGAGUGAGGUUUUGCCUAUUUGGGGGCUUUUGCUCAUUGGGGCUCUUCAGAAUUUUGUUGGGUAUGGCUUGCUUUGGUAUAUUGUUCAUCGGAGAUGGUCUGGUGUGCCUUUGUGGGUGCUGUGCAUUUGUAUUUUUGUGGGAGGAAACGGAGAGACCUUCUUCAACACUGCAAAUCUGGUUUGUUGUGUGCAGAACUUUCCGAAAAAUCGAGGCCCUGUUGUUGGGAUACUAAAAGGAUUUUGUGGACUGACUGGUGCAACUUUGAUUCAGGUUUAUGCCAUAUUCAAUUUCCCAGAUAAGGCUUCGUUGAUUUUUAUGGUUGCAGUUGGUCCAACAAUGGUUGUUAUUGCUUUCAUGUUUGUUGUUAGACCUGUUGAAGGUCAUAAACAAGUUAGGGAAUCUGAUGACUCCAGCUUCUUGUUUACUUAUAGCAUUUGUCUUGUUUUGGCUGCUUAUUUGCUUGGAGUCUUAAUACUUGAGGAUACUCUUAAUUUGAACCAAUCAAUAAUCACUUUACUUGCCAUAGGUUUAAUCAUUCUUAUAGUACUUCCAAUUAUAAUCCCAGUAGUAUUAGUAUUCUUCUCAACACCACAGCCUUCAUCAGAGGAGAAACUCCUAGCUAAUCCAUUGUUACCGAGACAAGAUACAAGCGAGCUCAUUCUUAGUGAGGCUGAGGAAGAAAGGACCUCAGAACUUGAUGCGCUUCCAGCUUUUGAAAGGCGCAAAAGAUUGGCUCAUCUGCAGGCUAAAUUGUUACAAGCAGCAGCUGAUGGAGCUGUGAGAGUCAAGCGUGGUAAAAGACCGCGAAGAGGAGAGAAUUUUACCUUGACACAGGCUUUGGUUAAGGCUGACUUUUUGCUUAUUUUUGCCUCCCUCAUUCUAGCCUCUGGAUCUGGUAUAUCAAUUAUUGACAACAUUGGUCAGAUUUCUCAAUCACUUGGUUACACUAAUUCAAGUAUCUUUGUUUCCAUGAUUAGCAUUUGGAACUUUCUUGGCCGUGUUGGCGGUGGCUACUUAUCUGAGAUUAUAACAAGAGAUUUUGCCUAUCCAAGACCACUGGCUAUGGCUAUACUCUAAGUCAUUAUGGCAUUUGGGUUUUUCUAUUAUGCUAUGGGAUGGCCAGGGCAAAUCUAUGUUGUGACUGUUUUGAUAGGACUUGGUUAUGGCUCCCACUGGGCAAUUUUGCCUGCUGCAGUUUCUGAGCUAUUUGGAUUGAAGAGUUUUGGAGCCUUGUAUAACUUCCUAACACUUUCAAACCCUGCUGGUUCACUAAUAUUCUCAGAGGCCCUUGCUAGUGGCUUAUAUGACUAUUAUGCAGAGAAACAAGCUUCUCUCCUGCUCCAAAAUCCCAUAUCAACUCUUGGACAAGACAAAUCACUCACUUGUUUGGGCACUAUUUGCUAUUCCCUCACUUGUGGUAUAUUAUCUGGACUAUGCAUUGUUGCAGCAAUGCUGAGUUUGGUUGUUGUUUACAGAACAAGAAGAGUCUACACCCAAUUGUAUGGAAGCUCAAACUCUCUCAUUUGAGUUUCCAAUAGAAGCUUUAGAAAAUGGUGAUGUUCUACUACACACCAGCAUAUGCAUGUGAACAAUCCUUUUCAUUCUUAUUAUUUUUUGUGGGGUUUUCUUUCUUAUGAUUUAACACUCUUGUAUGUGCUCUUUUAGCAGCAUAUACACUAAACCUCACUUUGUUUUUCACUUCAAAAUUUGGGUUUUUCUAUUUGCUUAUAACACACUGUCUCGAUGCUAUAUCAUCAUUAAUUAAAAAGCUAAAUAAAAUUAUCACUAAAAUCACUUAGAAA